CUUAAGAUCAUUAUAUUUAAUUAUAUCUUAAUCGGGUAGCCAUUAAAUUUAAUUGUCCACCCCUAGUCCAGAGACACCAGAGACGCCAAAGACCACCAGAGGCCGCGAAACUCGUGGGGGUUACCUGAGAGCGAACGACGUCGCAACAGCGAGGCGGUGUGUGUGACCUUGUGAUUCUCCAGCAGACCCUAAGCAGGUACUGUAUCGUCGGAGCGCGCCCUGGAACAGCAAUCCGAUUGCUAAUGCGAAUGUCUGGACACGGCUGCUGCCAACAGCGGAUGCCCUGACUCCUGAGCGGCCGACUCGAUCAGCUGGACAAGUUGGACAACACGAGGGUACCACUACAGGCUGUGCUCAAGUUUUCCCAUUGAAUUCGGGGCUGUGACAAUAUGGGAGGGAGAUCAAACCAUGCGGCUGACAAGCCAGACGAGGUGGGCUGGCGGUAGACAGCCUCUUGGGCAAUGGGCUUCGAUAGACGGACAACUACGGACCACUCCGAGGCUGGAUUUGACCAACGAGCAGCUCAAAAUGGCACACAUGUGGGUGAUGGCCAAGAAGGAUGGACACGACCACGACCUGGUGUUGCGGGCCCAGACGAGACCAGGUCCGCUCCCCCCUGGCGCGGAUGCUCGUCCCAGACUCCCAGGCUUGGGCCUUGAAGAAGGCUUCCUUAGAAUGGGAAUCUUGGCAGGUCGGCCGAGCUUUGAUAGGCAAGCCGCAUUCUUCGAACAGAGCCAGAAUAAUGCGGUCGCCAACGCUGUCCGACUCGGAGAUGUCGAUGGCGGUGAGAAACAUUCAAGUGAUGUGAUUCCAAUUCCAUCUCCGCUGCCCUCCACGCUCCCUCCCGCUGGCUCGAGCGUGCAGGCUGCAGCAGGUCCAUCAUCUGAUGCGCUGAAAAAAAAAAAAAAAACGUUUAAUUACCGCUCAACGUCCGGAUACCGAGUUGCUUCCUUUUGGCUGGCCUGCUUCGUAUCCAUCAGCUCCCCCUUAUUGAGAGGAGGCUUGGACGUGCAGGUUUACCACAGUACGGAGUACUACCCUUUGGGGGCAAGGCCGCGAGGGACUAGGUUAGGAGUGAAACAUGCUAAUUAUGGCCUGACUCGUGACGAUCAUAAACUUUGUCGGGCUUUGAUCGAACCUCACCUCAAGCAGCCAGCUUUGCUUCGGUCUUCAGAUGGCAUCUUCUCUCUUCUCUUCUACAAAGAGUCACCACAACUCCAAGAACUUCAUGAUAAGAAGUCGAAAGAUCGCCAGAAGAUUGCCAUAUUGGUAUCAAGUCAAGCUUUGUAUGGUUCAACUGCCUUAGUGGCGGGCGACAAGAUAAGAGGUGCAGAGCCGAUUUCGCAAGUACCACGGACCGCUGGGGGCGGAAGUCUGGUAACAGCAAAUGCCGUAGGGCUCGGCUUGGCUACACAGCUGCAGCUCGUUCCACUAGGAUCACUACCUGGGACAUCAGCAAUUGUCGGCAAGAAGCCGACAGACUGCUCUCAGAACUCUAACAGUAAGGCUAAAUGGGCUGUAGUCAGCUCGCUGAGCCCCUGUGAGAAUCGAGCCACAAUGAGCCACAGUGAGCAGCAGUAA